AUGAGCCUGGGCGACCCCGCAGACCACCCCGGGGGGGUCCCCGAUAGAUGGCCCAACGGGACCCCAGGUCUAGUGAUUGGCUUUUCUAUGACACCACCUAUUCUUGACAGUUCGAGAGAUGACCUUGUGAUUUCGCUUCAUCAAACACUUAUUAUCACUUGUAGGGGCCAACGCACUCUCACCUGGGCCUGGCCUGACCUAUCUCUGGUGGGACAGAAGCUAAGCGACCGUCAGAGCCAAUCAUCUUUCACCAGACCCCUUGGGGAGAGGGCAGUCCUAGUCAGUGAGUGCCCAGGUCAACAAGGGAGACCAUAUUGUAAAAAGUUGACGCUUACCAGGGUGCAAGCGCGAGACACUGGCUACUACCGCUGCUACUACAACGAUGUAAAGGCCAUCAUUGACGGCACCACAGCUGUAAGCACUUAUGUCUUUGUGAGGGACCCCGAACAGCCCUUCCUCAGGAGGGACGAGUCUUCUAACAGCAACCUGGAGAACAUUUUUAUCACACGUUACUCAACGGACGUCAUCGUGCCAUGUCUGGUCACGGUGCCCGACCUCAAUGUCACGCUCUAUGCGUAUCCCAACCCACUGGACAAAAAUGAACUGACAUGGGACAACAAGCGAGGUUGGUCCAUUCCCAGACACAUCAUUGACAGCAUGCCAAUGCUCAUCGGGUUUUCGUGUGUGGCCACCCUGGGAGGCAAAGAGUACCACUCGGUUAACUACUUCAUUCACACUACAGGAAGUCAAGUUUACGAUGUCAAGCUGUUUCCCGAGGAGCCCGUGGAGAUGUUAGCGGGGGAGGCCCUCACCCUGAACUGCACUGUGCAGGUGGAGUUUGACGCUCGAGUGACUAUCGAAUGGUCCUACCCAAGCAAACAGACCAACAACUCAGUAGACAUUAAAUACCAACGAGAUGCACUUUUUCAUGCCACAGAAGCUGUAAACACCCUUACCAUUCCCAGCACUUCUACUGCGGACACUGGCUCAUAUACCUGCAAUGUCACAAGCGUAGAUUCCACGCAGUCCAAAAUGAUGCAGGUCAUAGUUCAUGAGAAGCCAUUUAUAAACCUGGACUACAGAAGUGGACCAGUGGUGGAAGUAACAUCCGGCCAGAAGUCAUUCAAAUUGCAUGUGAACGUGUCUGCUUUCCCCACGCCUGAGACACGAUGGUACAGAGACAGAAAGCUGAUUAACGAGCGACCUGAGUUCAAGAUGAAGCGUAUGAGGAUUCACCUUAACCACGCCUUGGAGAUCAAAGAUGUCAAUCCUGGGGAUGCUGGCCUCUACACGGUGGUCCUGAAGAACAGUGCAGCUGCCCUGCAAAGGAAACUUAACAUCACGCUUGUUGUCAAUGUCGCCCCGCAGAUAAAUGAGAAAGAAGUGGCAGAACCAUCCAGUCCUUACCCCAGCGGCAGCGUCCAGACGCUAACUUGUACUGCUUAUGGUCUCCCAGCUCCCACCAUUACUUGGCAGUGGAGGAAGUGGAGCCCGUGUGUCCUCAACAUUACCCGCAACAGAGCGGUCCGACCAGACAGGAAGGGCAGUACUGACAUGAUCCCAGACUGUCAGGACUGGCAGGACAUUUGCUUGGAAGGGGCUGCAAAUGAAUUGGAGGCCAUCAAACCAUCUGUUGAACUUGUAGAUGGACGACAAAAGACUGUGAGCCGUCUUCAGAUUCGCAAUGCGAGUGUAUCUCUCAUGUACAAGUGCUCUGCAGAGAAUAAAGUCGGCAAAGAUGAGCGGCUGAUUUACUUCUAUGUAACCACCAUCCCUGAAGGGUUCAGCGUGGAUGUGCAUCCAUCAGAGAAUCCCCUGGAGCAAGAGAAGGUGUCUUUAUCCUGCAGUGCCGACAAUUACACCUACGAGCAGCUGCAGUGGUACCGUCUGGAUCACAUUGCCCUGCAGGGCAAGCCUCAGGAGCCAGACUGCAGAAGCGUGCACCUUUACGCUGAUGUCCUUGAUGGCCAGCAUAUAUUCCAAGAAGCCUCCAACAGCUGGGUCCUGGAUUUCACUCUACCCGCUAUACAGCUGCAGGACGAGGGUCGCUAUGUGUGUAUGGCUAAGAGCAGACGGAGAGGCGAGAAGCAUUGUCUCUUCAGAUAUAUUUUUGUCAAAGGUCUGGAGGCACCUCGUUACAAGCGCAGUCUCACCAACCAGACUGUGAACGUGACAGAAUCGCUUCACAUGGAAUGCGAUGUGGAGGGAAGACCUCUGCCCCACCUUUCGUGGUUCAAAGACAACCAGCCGCUCCAUCAAAUGUCAGGGAUUCAGCUGCAGGACUCAAACCGUACGCUCAGCAUCCAACGAGUACGUGAGGAGGAUGCCGGCCUAUACACCUGCACUGCCUGCAACCAGCGGGGAUGUGUACACUCAACAGCUGCCAUUCGGGUCAUUGGUUCCAGCGAUAAAGCCAAUGUGGAGAUUGUAAUACUCAUCGGAACCGGAGUGAUUGCUGUGUUCUUCUGGGCCUUGCUCAUCCUCAUAUUCUGCAACGUGAAACGGAUUAACCCAGCAGACAUUAAAACAGGCUAUCUGUCAAUCAUCAUGGAUCCUUUGGAGGUCCCCAUGGAGGAACAGUGUGAAUACCUUCCCUAUGAUUCCUCCCAGUGGGAAAUCCCCCGGGACCGACUACGACUGGGAAAGGUUUUAGGCCACGGUGCAUUCGGGAAGGUAAUUGAGGCAUCGAUCUACGGACUCAGCAAGAGCACACGUCUGGACACUGUGGCUGUGAAGAUGCUAAAAGAUGGAGCCACGGCCAGCGAGCACAAGGCUUUAAUGUCUGAGCUCAAGAUCCUCAUUCACAUUGGCAACCAUCUGAACGUAGUGAACCUGUUAGGAGCCUGCACCAAACAAAAUGGUCCACUGAUGGUGAUUGUGGAAUACUGCAAAUAUGGGAAUCUGUCCAACUUCCUGCGGGCAAAAAGAGAAUUUUUCCUUCCCUAUAGGGAUCGCUCUCCCAAAACUCAGAGCCAAGUAAGACGGAUGAUCGAAGCCGGUCAAAUGGACCAAAGGGCUCGCAAUCAACCUCCAUCAUCGUCCUCUUCCCCACUCAUUGGCCUUCAGACACCUUCAUCCAACAAGACAAAUCAGAAACCGGGACUGGAAAAACUGGAGGAUUUGUGGAAAACGCCUUUGACGAUAGAAGAUCUAAUUUGCUAUAGUUUCCAAGUGGCCCGUGGGAUGGAGUUCCUGGCAUCUAGAAAGUGUAUCCACAGAGACUUGGCGGCCCGCAACAUUCUGCUGUCAGAAAACAACGUUGUGAAGAUAUGUGACUUCGGCCUCGCCCGAGACAUAUACAAAGACCCGGACUAUGUCCGGAAAGGCAAUGCACGACUACCUUUAAAGUGGAUGGCUCCAGAGAGUAUCUUUGACAAAGUGUACACCAGCCAGAGCGACGUGUGGUCCUUUGGUGUGCUGCUGUGGGAAAUCUUUUCUCUUGGUGCAUCUCCAUAUCCCGGAGUGCAGAUUGAUGAGGAUUUUUGCAAACGAUUGAAAGACGGCGUCAGAAUGAGAUCGCCAGAAACAGCCUCACCUGAAAUAUACGGCAUCAUGUUGGCGUGUUGGCACGGAGAACCUAAAGAGAGGCCCCCCUUUCCCGCCUUGGUGCAAACCCUGGGAGACCUGCUGCAGGACAACAGUCUGCCUGAUGGGAAGGACUACAUCCCUCUGAACCACUCGCACAGCUCAGAGGAUGAUGGCUUUUCUCAAGCUUCAUCACGGCCUCCGUCCGAAGAGGAAUUGAGGAAAGCCUGCAACACACUGCCGACGAGGUAUUAUAACUGCGUGCCCUUUGCUGGCUGCGUGCUUGUGGACGCCUCAAAGGCAUCUCAGCCCAGAGUGAAGACGUUUGAAGAGUUACCUUUAGAAAUUCAUCCUCAGAUGAGCAGUCAGGAUAACCAGACAGACAGCGGGAUGGUUUUAGCCUCGGAUGAGUUAGAGCGCUUUGAACACAAGCACAAGGGAGCAGUGUCAAAAAGACGCAUGAGCAGCAGCAGCAGCACUGAACCUCUGACGGCCUCCUUCGGCUCCACUCAUGGACAUUUCUUCAACCAGCUGGCGGGCCAGACCUUUUAUAACAAGGAAUAUGGUCACUUGUCUGAGGAGGGCUUCUGCAGCAAUGAUUUCUUCUGCUCGCCGAAUGCACCCUGUCUGACCUCCUCGAAUGUGUGA